AUGGCCAAAUCUGCCAACCAGAUCCACCGUGCCUGGUGGAAGGAAUCGUCCGUCUAUCAAAUCUGGCCCGCCUCGUUCAAGGACUCCAACGAUGACGGUAUCGGUGACAUCCCCGGUAUCAUCUCGAAGCUGGACCAUAUUAAGAACCUUGGUAUUGACAUUGUCUGGCUGUGUCCGUCCUACAAGUCGCCCCAGGUGGACAUGGGAUAUGAUAUCGCCGAUUACUACAACAUUGCGGAUGAGUAUGGCACGGUCGCAGAUGUCGACAAGCUGAUCAAGGGGUGCCAUGACCGGGGCAUGAAGCUGCUCAUGGACCUGGUUGUGAACCACACGAGUGACCAAAACGAGUGGUUCAAGCAAUCGCGCAGCUCCAAGGACAACGAAUACCGCAACUGGUAUGUCUGGAAACCGGCCAAGUACGACGAGCAGGGCAACCGCCAGCCACCAAACAACUGGGUGUCGCAUUUCCAAGGGAGUGCCUGGGAAUGGGAUGAGUUGACCGGCGAAUACUACCUCCACCUCUACGCAACGGAACAGCCCGAUCUCAACUGGGAGCACCCACCCGUCCGCAAAGCAGUGGAAGAUAUUAUGCGAUUCUGGCUGGACAAAGGUGCAGAUGGAUUCCGAAUGGACGUGAUCAACUUCAUCAGCAAGUACCAAGAUUUCCCGGAUGCUCCGAUCAAGGACCCUCGCACCCCCUGGCAAUGGGGAGACAAGUGGUACGCCAACGGUCCUCGUCUGCACGAGUACCUCCAGUUUGUGGGAAGUAUCCUCAAGGAAUACGACACCUUCAGUGUGGGCGAAAUGCCGUUCGUCACGGACACGAACGAGGUGCUCCGCGCCGUGCAGUAUGACCGCAAUGAGAUCAACAUGAUCUUCAACUUUGAGCAUGUGGAUAUCGACCACGGCAAAUACGACAAAUUCGAGCCCGGUAGCUGGAAGCUCACGGACUUGAAGGCGUUCUUCGAGAGGUGGCAGAAGUUCAUGUAUGAGAAUGACGGCUGGAACGCCCUGUACUGGGAGAACCACGACCAGCCUCGGUCGAUUGACCGAUAUUUGGGUGCCAGAGAGGAGUACCGCACCGCGGCGGGCAAGAUACUGGCAACCGUAUUGGCUUUGAAGUCGGGAUCUCCUUUCGUCUAUCAGGGACAGGAAAUUGGAAUGAGAAACGUGCCCAUCGAGUGGGACAUGGACGAGUACAAGGACAUUGACUGUCUCAACCACUGGUAUAGACUUCUGAAGAACCCCAAGGCCGACGACACGACCAAACACAUCGCUCGACAAGAGUACCAGAAGAAGUCGCGAGAUAACGGUCGCACACCCGUCCAGUGGUCUCCGGAACCUAACGGUGGCUUCACCAGCCCGAACGUCAAGCCCUGGAUGUCCGUCAACCCCGACUACCCGCUAGUAAACGCCGAGGACCAGGUCAAGGACCCGGCAUCCAUCUACCUCUACUGGGCCUCGGUGCUUAAACUGCGCAAGCAGUACCUGGACAUCUUCGUGUACGGAAACUACGAACUGGUGGAUCGCGAUAGCCAGGAGAUCUUCGCAUACAGUCGUCAAUAUGAAGACCAGAAGGCGCUGGUGUUGGCGAACUGGACGGACAAGGAACUCGAGUGGGAUGCUGCCGGCAAUGGCAUCACAGGCGUCAAGGACGUGCUGCUGAAUAGCUACGAGAGUGCCGAGGGCGCUAAGAAGUGGGUUUCCACCGCCAAGUGGAGUCUCCGACCGUAUGAGGCUAUCGUUGAAACAGUGUCUACACCCCUUGAAUGGAAGCGUCCGCAUCUGCUCCUUGAAUGCCACUGCAUCUACACCAAGAUCCAACUCGAUGGCGCUCCACAGCAGUCCUCUUUGUCUAAAUUGGAAUAUGGCAUUCCGCCUACACAGGAUGAUUACGUUUUCGAACACCCGUCCAUGCUCAAUAUGACUUUCCGUCGCAAGCCUAGCGGUGGCUUGCCACGCUACGCUGUCUUCAGCGUGCUCCUCGGCAACAAGGAGGCCUACGAUUCAACGCGAAACUUAGUCCGCGCCGGUCAGCGCCGACUGUACGGUUCAACCUUUGACCGCAUCAAUAAUGAGACUCUUGGGUUUGAAAAGAUCUUUGCGAUCGGCUUGAAGGAACGAUCAGAUAAGCGCGAUUUCCUCACUCUGGCGGCUUCUGUCACCGAUAUCAAGGUCGAGUGGAUAGAUGGAGUCAAGCCGGAGACUAUACCCGAGAAAGCGCUGCCGGAGAGAUACAAUACGUCAUGGCUGAAGCCUACUGUUGCUGGUUGUUGGCGCGCACAUAUGAAUGCGAUGCAAGAGAUAGUCAACAAUCGAUACUCCACGGCUCUAAUCUUGGAGGAUGAUGCCGACUGGGAUGUUUCUAUCCGACAACAGCUUCGAGAAUUCGCUCAAGGGGUACGAACUAUAACCGAUAAUCAGAAAGCACCCAGGGAAACGCCAUAUGGCACCAAUUGGGAUAUCCUCUGGGUGGGAGGCUGCUCGGCUGGCCCCGGGUCUAAAGAAUCCAACAUCUACGCCGUCCCCAAUGAUCCCACUGUUGCGGCUGUUCGGCACCGUCGCAAUAUCUGGGGAGGGCCUUCUGAGACAUGGAAGAAGAAGCAUCCCGAAUAUCCGGAGGACUCGACGCGGUAUAUCUUUCGAGCACAAACGGGCUGCUGUACGUACGGGUAUGCAGUGACUUACGAAGGUGCGAGGAGGAUGAUCGCCGCGUUGUCGCUGGAUUAUAUGGACCUGGCGAUCGACAACUCCAUGAGUGAUAUGUGCGCUGGCAACCAGCGUGAACAGAUACGCUGCUACGGGCCCUAUCCGAACAUCAUCGGGACCUAUAAACCCGCUGGCUUUGCAUCGCGAGGGUCUGAUAUCGAGGUCUACAACGACGAGUACCACGAGGCCAGUUCUCACAAUAUGAUCUAUAGCACGAGAAUGAAUAUCCAUCGGCUACUUGCGGGGAAUGACACGGUUUUGGGACAGUAUGCCGACGAGAAGGAUACGUGGCUCAAGGGUGAGGCCAAGAUAAAUGAGAUUCAGUAUCCAGCUGGUUGUCUCAUUCCUUGA